UAUAGAAAAAAGGUGUUUGUGUGUAUGUUUCCAUUCCAUAUCAAAGUUCUACAAUUAAAUGUACCUAUAUUUAACAACACGACCUGCAAUGAGUUUACUAACUACCUUACUGCUAAUUUCCUAGUACUUAAUUGGGCUGUAUGUACCUACCUACUUCAUUUUUCAAAAGAAAUUAGUACCAAACAAUUACUUAGUGAUGUCGUUCGUUUUUGAAAGUAGUUCUAGCUUAGUGUCAGAAGCAUUUUAAAAGUAUUUAAGUGGACAAAAGAGGUAUUUUGAAAAAAAUGCCCUUAAAAUAUGCAUAUGUGUUGCCUAUCAUUGAAGGAUUGUGGUUUCCAGUUACCUUUGCUAUAACAUACACUAUAGGGGUUUUAAAAAAAGAUAUACCUGCAGUUUUUCCAUACGUUAGUGAUACAGGAGCAUGGUCAAUAGAAAAAUGUAUAUUUUCGUUUAUGUUAGGCCUCGGAUCGUUAUUAAUGUUUUCCAUAAUUUAUAUAAGAUACAGACAAGUGAAAGAAUUGCUAUCAACUAAAGAGAAGGAACUAAAUUUGCCACCAAAACUGAAAAUAUUUAAUGUCAUUGCUGUCUACUUGGGCUUGAUCGCAGCAUUGGGAGUGUUCGUUGUAGCAUGCUUCCAAGUUUGGCCUCAUUUUUAUGUUCAUAUAAUUGGAGCUGGGACAGCAUUUACUGUCGGAUGGUUUGUUUUAGUUAUAGAGACCUAUAUUUCUUUUAAAAUAUAUCCCACUUUUGGAUCCUCUGGCAUGAAUACUGUCAGAGCAGUUUUGACAGUAAUAUCAGGAUUAGCAUUGUUUCUGACAGGUGCAUUUGGAGGACUAUCCCUGUUAUAUUUUAAAGGCGAAGAUGUAACGCAAUGGUUUGAAGAUUCCGGAGGCUACGAAUAUCACUUAGUCAGCACAGUGAGCGAGUGGGUUCUAGUUCUAGGGGUAGUUUUUUACAUUGCCUCAUAUUAUAAAGAGUUUAAAGAUAUUGUGAUGUAUAAACCAAAGAUAGAUUUAAUAAAUGUUUGAUAAAGUAAAACUCGA